AUGAAGUUCUCAAGCAUUGUUGCCCCUCUCCUCCUCGCAUCAUCCGUCGCUGCGCUUCCCGGCUGGCGUGACUGGCAUGGUCCCAAAAACCCCGAGAGCAACUGUCUUACUCAAGCCGACGCCGAUGACAUUGUUGCCAAAUUCAUCAGCAUCCUUGAUCACCCAGAUGUUGCUGCUUCGAACGCCACUGCUCAAGCGUUGCUGACGGACGAUUUUUUCGAAAAGUCUGACUCGAUCAAUAUGCUUGCUGGCCACCCGAUUGGCGCUGUCACCUUCUCUGGCAAAGCUCAGUACAUUCAAGGCGUUCUUCUAGCACCAUCCAUCACGAACAUCACAACCUACAAGUCCAUGGUCGCUGGCUGCACAAACGUUCUCUGGUUCUGGAACAUGGCAGGCAUUGGAAGCAGACAGAUCCCGGUCAACGGAUUCAACCUCUUUGAGAUCACUCCGGAGAAAAAGGUCGCCGACAUGUUUGUUGAAUUCAACAACAUUGGCUGGGGAAUCGACACUGGCUUCACCGUCUUCAGCAGGGAUGGCACCAAGCUUCCUCUGGCAUAG